AUGGAGGAAGAGGGGGCGAGCUUGGGUGCUGGUGGCUCCGUCCCCGCAACGAACGUUGGCGGGGAGGGAACCACUUCUUCUCAGUCCGGCACGAACCCUCCCUCGACGAACCAGGUAGAUAUUGACACUGUCAUCGAGGAGGUCGCCAAGGAUGCCGAAGCUGAGCCCACCAAGAUCGCGGCUGGGGAAGCCGCCAGGUCCGCCGCCCAGGAGGCCGCUAAGGGGCCUACCGGGGAGACCGACGAGGCCGCUGCCAGGGAGACCGACGAGGCCGCUGCUGGGGAGGUCGGCAAGGCUGUUGCCAAGGAGGCCGCCAAGGGGCCUGCCGAGGAGACGAGUGAGGCUGCUGCCGAGGAGGCCGCCAAGGAGCCUGCCGGAGAGGAGGUGGCCAAUGACCAACCUUCCUCCCCUACAGCCCCCACCCUGGGUAAGUACUUGAGGGUGGGCGAUGAUUUGUUCAUCCGUCUCCUAGGGACAGCAAGCACAAGAGCGCCAGCCGAAGGGGAGGUUUUUGACGAUGAGGCACUCGCCAUCGCCGGGCUCCAGGUUGUCAACGAACCGAGCGCCAGCGGCGGCUGUUCCCAAGAGGAGCAGCUCCUCCGGGCCAUGAGCGCAAAUUUCUAG